AUGGUGGAAGAAAACGAAAAAUUGUUCAUCUCUUAUAAUCACAUCCAUGAGCUUUGUAAAGAAGCAGCGGAGAAGAUAAAGAAGCUGGAUAUAGACUAUAUUAUUGCCAUUGGAGGAGGUGGUUUUAUUCCAGCCCGUAUUCUAAGGACAUUCCUGAAAGAACCGGGUGAACCAAGCAAAAAGAUCUUUGCUAUUAUCCUCUCCCUUUAUGAAGAUACUAAUACCGUGUCUACCACGGCAGAAGAAGUUGGAUCCAAAGUGAAGAGAAUCCAGUGGAUUCAUUAUGGAGAAUCGGGAAUAGACCUCUGCAACAAGAAGGUGUUAAUUAUUGAUGAAGUCGAUGAUACGAGAACAACGCUUCAUUAUGCUUUGAGUGAAUUACAAAAAGAUGCUGAGCAGCAGGCCAUUGACCGUGGAUUCGAGAAGAGCAACACAGAAUUCUUUAUUUUCGUGCUACAUAACAAGCUCAAGCCAAAGAAGGCUGACCUCCCAGCUUCUAUAAUGGAUGGGAAGCACUAUUUGGCUGUGAGAGAUGUUCCUGAUUGCUGGAUUGCCUAUCCAUGGGAGUCUACCGAUAUCGCUUAUCAGCAAAAGAUGGCUGAAAAGCAAGGUAACGAUAUCUAA